UUUCUUUCCUUUCUUUCAGCCGUCUUGGUGAAAGCGCGAGGCUUUUGCAAGGUGAACUUCUUGGGCAGCAUGAAUGAGGAGACAUACAUGCAGGAAACUGUGACUGUGUGGUGCGGCAGCAGUAAGUGAACGAAAGCAUGUGAAGUCAGGGCGAAAACCUCCAGCCGGGCACACACAUGUUCCCCUUCCGGUUUAAGGUGCCCCAAAAUGUACCCAGCAGCUUUGAGAGUGAGUACGGCCACAUCCGUUACAUGGUGGAGGCCAUGGCAGAGAUCCCCUGGGGCGAGAAUGUGACCACGCAGAAGGAUUUUAAGGUGGAUAGCAGAUACGACCUCAUUCAAGACGAGGAUGCAUCAUUGCCACUAAGGUUCGUCAAGGAAGAGAGUGUGUGCUGUUGCUGCUGCGAACAAGGCCCUGUUAACAUAGCCCUGUCAGCCGAGAAGACCGGCUACAUCCCCGGGGAAUACAUCCUGCUUACCGGGGAAGUGACUAAUCGUGCAGGAUGGCAUAUAGAGAACUCUGUCAUUAAGCUCAUUCAGACAAUCAAGUAUAUAGUGCAAGAAAAUUCAUACAAGGAAACGGAGACGAUACAGCGGCUCGGACGACCUGGGAUAUUGGCCGGGAACACUGAUGUUUGGCUCUCUGUUCCUCUGCGCAUCCCUGAACAGGCAGCUUGUCUGCAGUACUGUAACAUCAUGCAGGCAAAAUAUGAAGUGGAGAUCACCUUUUCAAUGGGAUUCUGCUCAGAUGCGAUUGUGAAGGAGACCAUUAUCGUAGGGGCCAACCCAGUGGGCAAGGUCACCAUGGCUUUAGAAGGUCUAGUGCCCAGCCCCAGUGCCCCAAAGCCCUCUGCCCCACCCCUGUACAACAGCACAGAGCCCGUCUCGCAGGAGCUCAAGCCCGUGAUCACACAGCAGCCAACAGCCACCUCGGACACCAGCCCUACUGCCAUAUAGCAUUAUCCGUAUAUCAUCCAUUGUUCGUACUUGCCGUUUAUGUGAGUUUGUGCUCUCCCGCGCAUCGUGGUCGUCAUUCUCAGCACCCCCGUAUUUUCUUAGGAUUGGUAGUGGGAGGGAAUUGGGAGGGGGAGGAGAAGAAGGAAAAAAAGGGGAAG